AUGGCCGCCCUUCCCACCGUCCUGUGCCUGGCCCUGGCCCUGGCCCUGGCCCUGGGUCCCUCCACGCUGGCCCAGAACGGCAAGCAGGCAGAGCUGGACGGCCAGGGGGCCAAUCAGACGGCGCUGCCCACGGGCGCCACCGAGGUCACCCUGACCACGCCCGCGGGCGAGGUGGAGGAGCAGACCGCCCCGUCCAUGGGCAGCCGGUGCUGGGGCUACUACGACGUCAUGGGCCAGUGGGACCCGCCCUUCAACUGCAACGCCGGCAUCUACCUGUUCUGCUGCGGCUCCUGCUUCUACCGCUUCUGCUGCCAGUUCCGGCAGCACCGCCUGGACCAGACGUCCUGCAACAACUACGACACGCCCGUCUGGGCCAACACGGGCAAGCCGGCCUCGCCCAUCACCGAGGUCCACGAGGAGCCCGACCGCGACCGCACGCACAUGAUCGUCUACAUCAUCUGCGGGGUGGUGGCCAUCAUGGUGCUGGUGGGCAUCUUCACCAAGCUGGGCCUGGAGAAGAGCCACGGAGGCCAGGCGGACGUGACCCAGUCCAACUCCAGAACGCUGACAGAGCUGAUGAAACAGCCGGGGGCGGAGUCAGGCAUGGACGGGACAGGAGGCCACGCCCCCAUCGGGAGCAACGGAAUUUCUGGCAGAGGACUGCGCAACACCACUGAUCACAACCACCUGAACAACGCCGCACUGCCCCCGCUCGGCCCAGCGAUGGCGCUCUCACACCCCCACAACAACCUCAAUAUGGCUGGGCUGGGCUUCAGCAAGUACACCUCCCUCAAAGCUGUGGGUAAGCACUGGAGCCACCCAGGAGCAACACACGCUUUCCCUUUCUCUCUCACACACCGUUCGACGAUCCACUCAAUCAGCACCGCGGCAGAGCUGGAACCACGCAACUACUACAAGAGCUACCCUAUGAUUGACUAUUCCCAUCACCCUCCGCCUCCUACCUUCCAGCCAAUAGCCUUCCACCCCAAGGACAAGCCCUUCCUCCGGCCGCCGGACAUCCACGCCCCCCUGGCCAUCACCAUCCCGCCCAGCCAGCUGGCCAAGCCCAAGAUCUCCAAGACCAACACGCACCCCCUGACCUCCAGCUCGGCCUUCACAGCCUGGGACCCCAGUAAAAGUCACGCCCAGCAGCCGCCCUCGAACCUGGGGCAGCCCGCAGGCCGCCACCAGCAGCACCAGCAGCAGCAGCAGCAGCAGGUCUUCUCCAACAAGCGGCAGUACAGUGUAGAGACUCUCCCGGAGCUGUUCACGCAGCCCAUGGGGUACGGGGGGCACGCUCCCCACCCCUCGCAGCACCAGAAGAACAAGGGGCUCCCCACCAACAGCAAGACGGAGGUGACGGUGUGA